CAAACUGUCAAGUUUCUAAUUAAAUGUUUUUCGUGUUACAGGGCAGGAGGAUCCAUCUAAAUAAAAUUAGAUUGCUCUUGACUUGCUUCAGUUUUCAUAAUUCCUUGAAAUUUAAAUUUUAUGAACUUUGUUUGUGCUUCAAAGUCAUACGGCACGGUGCACAGGUUUAUUUUUAUAUUGGCUGCUUAGUUAUUCUAUUAUAGCCUGAUCAGUUAUCAGAAUAAUCAGUGUCGAGCUUACAUAAACAUUAUAACGAUGUCUAACAGUCGCAAUAAAUAUGAGAAAGCUCGAAGGCGUUUGUCUGCUGUAACAUUCCUAUCAAAUAUAUCAUUAGAUGGGAAGAUGAGAGAUCCGGAGUUGAUUCAUAUAGUUGAAAAAACGCCAAAGAAAGAAAAAAUUGAAUUAGCUUCAAAAGCUAUCGAUAUUGUCAAAGAUACUGCUUUACGAAACAGUGUCCGAAACAAGAACAAGACAUCAAAUUCAAGCCCCGUUCAUCGAAUUGGCGCCGACAAUCAUUCUGUGAGCUCAGACUCUGAACACACCAACACCAUAACACCUGUGAAGGGUGUUAAUACCUCUUUCAUCAGAGAAAGAUGUUCUUCGGGAACAACAGAAUCAUUUAAAGAAAAGCAUGGCUCAUCUAGAUCUAGGAAAACUCACCUUGUUACCCUAACUGGUUCUAAUGCAGAUGAAAAAAGCAGUUCAGAAAGCCUUAACUUUGGCAAGUUUAGAACCAGUAACACUUGUAUCCCAGAACAUCAUGCAUUAACAAAAGAGGUCCGCAUGGUAAAACCCUCUAAAGGAGUUUCAUUCAGGGAUGAGAGAUUGGCAAUAGCACCAGGACAAGGUGCCCCUUGUGUAAUAUUCAGCACUAUACCAUACUCUAAAACUGUUCGCAGUGCACGUUCUGAUCUAAGAAAAGAUGGUGUUAGAAGGAGAAACACAUCAGGGCCAAGACCACUUUCAGCCAUUACUGACAAUGGCAUGGAUCCAUUUGACCUUCUUGGCUUAGAAAAAGAAGAAAAUGGUCAAGAAAUUUCAUAUUCAAAACUGUUGGUGCCAUCAAAAGUAUGCACUAGGGAGCAGUAUAAAAAAAUGUAUGAAGGUGACUUCACUGAGAAGGCUAAUUGGAAAGUUGUAAACCGUCAUCCCCAUGUGAUAGCAAGGACUAAGUUAUUGACGAGGCACAAGGAUAAAAAAUGGUGCUUUUCUUAUGAAUCAUCUCAGAGGACUGCAAUACCAUCAUCUCCGCCGCACUCUUCAGUGGAUAUGAAAACCUUUGACUGGGACGAAGGAACGUUACUCUCGCAAAAAUAUGUUCAAUACUGCCCCAAUGUAUUAGAUGACCCAGAGCUCAUAGCUGGCAAGCACAGAACUCUGCUGACGUUCACAUCUUACAUGACCUCUAUCAUUGACUACGUGCGGCCACAAGACCUCAAAAAGGAACUAAAUGAUAAGUUCAGAGAGAAGUUCCCUCAUAUAAAAUUAACUCUCAGUAAAUUAAGAAGCAUCAAGAAAGAAAUGCGAAAAAUUGCGAAACACGACAGCGGUGGUGUUGAUUUACUAUCAGUCGCACAAGCAUAUGUAUACUUUGAGAAAUUGAUCCUUGCAAAUCUCAUUAACAAAGACAAUAGGAAAUUAUGUGCUGGGGCGUGUUUACUGUUGUCUGCGAAACUAAAUGACGUGAAAGGAGAAGCUUUGAAGGCGCUUAUUGAGCGCAUCGAAACUACAUUUAGAGUUAAUAGGAAAGAUUUAUUGCGUUUCGAAUUCGCAGUACUAGUGGCGUUGGAAUUCGGAUUGCACGUGCCUCCUUAUGAGGUGUUCCCGCACUACCAGAGAUUGCUCCACGAUUCGUGACCUUGGCGCAGACUGGCCUUCGAGCCAUGUAUACGGGUGUGUCACAGAAGACGUGCCACUAUUGUAGACAAUCUAAGAGCUAGUGCCUGGAUGUAAAGUGUUCAUUGAAAUUAGUACAAUGUUAUAAACAUUGUGGGUAUUCAAGAAGUGAGUAAAUCGGAAAUCUACUAACAGAAUAUUCUUAUAAAAUGUAGUCCUACUUUCUCACAGAUUAUGUAAAUGCGGCGACCAAAAAGUGAAUUAACAGGCAAAAUAUAAAAACAUAGCUUAGUGUAGUGAAGGUUAAGUCUCGUUAGAGACUCUAAUUGAGUACCUAAGGAAUC